AUGAUACAUAAAGAGAUCCAUCGUAAGCAGUUGGAAAACGUGCAGUGCUGUUUAGACUUCCUCCACGCGCAAAAAGUCCAGGGACUAGAACAAGUGACAGCUGUAGACAUUCGAGACGCAAAACUUAAAGCUGUUCUCGCCUUAUUUUUUGCAUUGAGUCGUCAUAAGCAAGCGUCGAAACAGAGAAUAGCGCCAUCUAGCGGCAAUGCUACGACUGCCGGAAAGAAUGCAAACGAAGAAAGUUCUGUACAACGCAUAACAGGUGGCAGCAGUUGUGAUGAAAUUCUGACAGCUUGUGGCAAUAACGUCGAGAUGACGACCCUAACAGCUAAUAGGCAGGUGUCGGUGCUGCAGACUUCGAUCCCGCUGCCCGCGUCGGCUGCGGCGGUACGUCGUGCCCCGCCAGACAAGCGACCCUUGCCCGCCACGCCGGGACAUGCGGGUAAAAGUGGUUUGUCAGCAAGUUCCAGUCGGUCUACAAGUCCUUUAGGACAAGGAGCAGUCAGCUUCAUACCUCGUGUACCAGCUUCAUCUUCCGGAUCGCGACCAAAUUCGUCCCUACUUGCUCCUGGCAGUAAAAUUCCAUCACAAUUAUCGCAACAACAACAGCAUACACAAGCCGUUCAUCAUAAUGGAACGCCUACAAAACAGUCCAUGUUAGAUAAAUUAAAACUAUUUAAUAAAGAUAAAAUAACCAAUGAGAAGCAAAGUACUAAAAAUACUGCGGUUUCGAAGCGCACUAGUUCCUCAAGUGGCUUUUCUUCAGCAAAAAGUGAAAGAUCGGACUCUAGUCUCAGUCUAAACGAGUCCUCUAAUACGACAAACACACAUUUCAAAUCUUCAAAUUUAAUAGGACCUAAAAGUAUAAGACAGCAAAGCGAUACAUUAUCAAAAGACAAGUCUGGAAAAAUCGUUAAAUCUAAAUUAGUUAAUUCUAAAAGCACUAAAGAUUAUUCUACAAAUUCCAAUAAAAGUAGUGUAAGAAGUAGCGGUAAUGAAAAAUCAAGUAGUAGUCCAAAAUUACCAGCGAGAGAUAAAGAAUCUAAAAUUGCUGCGCCUAAAUCUAUUAGUAACACAAAAUUAAACAUAAUCGAAGAUCACACGAGAAGUUCUAAAACUAAAAUAGAGACAAAAAUGGUUAAAUUGUCAGGAAGUCAAAUGAAGCUCACUGAAUCACGAUCGGAAAAUACUUCAGAAAUCAAACUUCAUGAGAAUGGGAGUGUUCAAUCGAAAAAUGUAGUAAACCAAUCACAAUCACCAACAGGACAAAGCUCAGCAGGUCAAAAUCACACAGGGAUUCCGAAACCAACAGCUGCUGUUAAAGGCACUUCAAAAAUAUCAAAAGACGAUAGGCAUAUUAUUCAUAAAAGUACUAAUAGUCAACUAAGUCCAAUACAAAGUAAUUCAAGUUUAAAUUCUACAAAUACGGUUAGUGUACAUCCAUUUACAAGAGAACAAUCUAAUUUAAGUAAAGAUAUAUCUCAAAAACAAACAUUAGCCGUUUCACCCAUGCCUAAUAUUAAUGUAGGAACACAAAAUUCUUCACAGAUGUCUGAAAGUUCUCAUUCAAAUUCUACUCACAGUACUACAGGUCAGCAAUCAAAUUCAAGCGACGGUAGUGUCAUUUAUCGUCCUUCGAGCGAAUCUGGGUCAGAAAUAUCUAGAACAAAUAACAUGACGCCUAGUAAACGAAUGGAUAUGAAUGCUACUUAUAUUAACGAUGUUAUAAACGAAGCGGAAAUAUCGGAAAAAGAAGCUGCUCAGAAGCGUCAUGAUAAUUCAGGCCAUAAACAAUUCUUUGAUCAUAACAAAACUUUGACAGAACUAAAUAAGAAACAAGAUACAGACAGCCGAUCUAGUACUCCGUCCCACUGUCGUGAUAAUUCACUUGGUGAAGAUGAAAAUCCGCUAAUGAACGUGUUGCCUAUGAGACCGCUUCUACGUGGCUACAAUAGUCACUUGACUCUACCUAUGCGUACGUCUGGUUUGGCACAAAAGAAUAUACCAGGAUAUCCCCACCAUGCUAAUACUGUAAAAGCCAAUUUUGGAAGAGAUAAUGGUGGAUUAAGAGAACGAAUAAAUUACGCUCCUGGUUUUUCUAAUCCCGAUUAUUGUGAUCUUGAUAUUGCGUCUGGAUAUAUGUCUGAUGGGGACUGCUUGAGGAGAAUAAACGUAAACGAAAUGGAUUGUGCACGAAAUAAUGACAUGAUGGACGGAUAUAUGUCUGAAGGAGGAGCUUCAUUAUAUGGACGUCGCAUAAAUUAUCAACAAGCUUCGCAGUUUCAGCAACUCGAUGAAAGACGAAACGGUCGUAACAGAGGAAUGGAGGGCGGUAGCGGCGUUGUAUACAGAGUUGUUGGACGCACGCGCAGCAAGGCAGACUGUGGACAGCAAACGGAACGCCAGCCCCCGACUCCACGUCAAGACACCACUUGGAAGAAAUAUACCGACUCGCCCGGAGUAGGUGCCCCACCCUUGAAUCAACCCCCUCCGGCUCCACCGAGUCCAUCGCACGGACGCAAAAGCGACCGACGAACGGGACACCACUCGCCGCAACAUCACAAACGUGAAAAACUCACCGCCGCUCAGCAGCUUGGUAUCGCACCCCACCCACAGUAUGCGGCAUCAAAUUCUUCUAGUCAACAUUCAUCGAGGGGUAGUGGAGCUCAGCUGCAAUCACCGAGUGGCGCCUCGUCUCGUCCUUCGAGCGUGUCUAGCGGUGGGAACGGUAGCAAUUGUUCGUCGAGCAAAGCGAAAACGCCUCAAAACUUUGGUUACGUGAAAAGGCAAAAUGGCGCGCAGCCACCGCCUCCGCCAGCGAAUGGUCCUCCGCAGCAUGGACAUGGUGGAAGAACUGCUCAAGUAUCUGCUGUUCCGAGAACGAAAGUCAAAGUAUCGGGUGGAACGCAAACAUGCACACAAGAUCUACAAAUACAUAAAAAUGGUAUUGGACCCAAAUCGUAUUCGCUGGGCGGGACAGCAGCCGCUCAGCUUUCAGCUUCAGUACGAGAACGUCUCCUUGGUUCACAAUCUUUACCGAAACCAGGAACCCAUGAAUUCGCCGCGUUAUUCCAUCAUCACCGAGUUACUCCAAGAGGUGGCAUGAAGAUUAGUGAUGGAAGUUUAUCUGACACACAAACAUACUCCGAAGUCAAGUCAGAUUAUGGCAUACCAUAUGCACCCUGGCUAAGACACAGCAACACAUACUCGGCAAGUGGGCGCCUGUCCGAGGGCGAAUCGAUGGAGUCGCUCACUUCGCUGCACUCGGCGCAGGCGCACAACCAUACCUCAUCCCCUAACUCACACCACCGCAGCUCACUUACACACAAUAAGCUCAUCAUGCACCGAGAGCCUCAAGGGUCAAGACUUAACAGGAGCAACAGCAUUAGAUCGACUAAGUCGGAGAAAUUAUACCCAUCAAUGCUUCAGAGAUCUUCGGAGAGUGACUAUGAACCUUAUUACUGUUUACCAGUGCAAUAUGGACCAGGAGGGCAAGGUCUAAACUAUGGUGUCUCAGAGCCUCCAUCACCAUCUCCAAGAUCAGCUUUGAGUCCCACACACCAACCCGGCAACGUCAUGCAUACUCCCAGACAUUCCCAUCACUAUCCGAAGAAAAACGAUGAAGCUCAUGGUUCAACAGCAUCGCUUGUGUCGACGGCGUCAUCACUAGCCGCCGGUGCAGGCUCCGAAGAACGACAAGCUCAUGAGGUGCGCAAGUUAAGAAGAGAACUGGCUGACGCUAAGGAAAAAGUUCAUACGCUGACAACUCAACUAACUACAAAUGUAAGUAAAUUUUAA